AUGGCUUCCAUCUUGACUGCUGGAGAGGCUGUCGCACGCAUUGCAUACCUGGCCAGCGACGUCGUCGUCUCUGUCCAGCCCUCUCUCGCCUCCGACUCUGAGUUCUCCAACUUCUUCACAACCUACAAACAGAACAAGGCUUCAGGACUGGUCUCGACAUCUCCCGAGCACAAUGCAGACCCUCUGCUCUCAGCCUUCCAGCCGCUCCGCUCGGGCAAGCUCGUUGCAGUGACCACCUCGUCGUCGAUCUUGGUCCGCUCUGUUCCUCAUCUCUACAAGCUCGCACAAUACCCCGUCGUCUUGCACGUUGCACUCCAACCAGCUGGCUACCCGGAUUACUCAGACAUCACCUCGGUCAGACAGUCUGGCUUCACUUUCCUGCAUUCUGAGUCAUUGCAGGAGGCACAAGAUCUCGCUGUGACUGCACAUGCUCUGGCCAUCAAGUCGGGCAAGGGUGUUAUUCACUUCUUUGACUCUGCCAAUAUUGCCAGCGACAACCCUAUUAACCAGGAAGAUAGAGAGCUGGUUAGGAAGAUUUUGAAGGUUGAGCAAUACUCUGCAACUAGCUCAACUGAGUCUGGUCUCUACGCAGACGACGGAAAGGUCGCCAUCCGUGCCAUUUCUGGUGCCACCGAUGCCAAUGGCUCCGCCACCCCUCAGCGCACUGGACUCCCGGUGGAGAAGCCGGCCUCUGCCCCAACAAGCGAUCGUGAGUCGUCCAGCGGCUCAAGCUCCGACGGUCGCAACGGCAGCAGCGACAGCGCAUCUGUCGUCUCUUCCAACGCUACUUCCGUCGAAUCUGUAUCAAGCCGUCCUAUCACUUCCGAGGACAUUGACGCCUUCACCACCCAGAUCUGGUCCGAGUUGUACGAGUCCACUGGAAGAAGCUACAAGGCGUUCGAGUAUACCGGCCCUGAGGAUGCCGAAUCUGCUGUCUUCUUGUUCGGAUCUGAUACUGCUCUUUUCGCUCGAGAAGUCGACCAAGCCAACUCUUCCGAUGAGUUUUACGGCGCUGGUAUCGUUACCGCUCGUCUUUACAGACCCUGGCUAGGCGCAAAGCUUCUUCAGACUCUGCCUAAGAGCUUGAAGAGAAUUGCUGUUCUGGAGCAGAUUCGUCGCAAGACCACUCGUUGGGGCCCCCUCCUUCUCGACCUCCUCGUUUCCAUCAAAACUGCUGGAAACGUAGGUCCUCUGAUUGUUGGCCACCAGCUCGGCUAUAUCGAGCCUUCCACAGUCCGUCAGGCACUUAAGGGUAUCUUCCAGAACUUGUCUUCUCCUUCACCUAUCCAGAACCUCGAGAUUGGAAACCACGAGGGUCCUAAGGACGCUAAGAAGGAGUUUGAGUUGGAGCAGCCCAAGGUCGAGAACGCAUACAUGAAGAUCCUCGACCAGCUGUUCGGAGACCGCCUUUACGUUGCCAACAGACUUGGAGCUGAUGAUGCGGGUGUCUCGAACGAGAUCAGCGCCACCCCUGAAUACGGUUUCGGCUCUCUUGUUGCCCGCUCUGAGCACAGAGAGCGCUUCAUUUCUGGAGUGCAAACAGCUGCCAAGUCUGGUGACUUCAGCACGGACGCCCCCAAGCAACAACUCUCACAAUGGCUUCUCGAGGCCCAGCAGGCCACCAAGGCUAACAACAUUGCCCCUGAGGUCAUCUCUGGUCUGAGUAGCGACAAGUCUGCUUUGGCUACCGAGCUCCUUUCGAACAAGGGACUUUUCUUCAAGGAAUCGCAAUGGUUGAUUGGUUCGGAUGCAUGGUCUUACGAUUUGGGCAACUCUGGUGUUCACCACGUUCUUGCUUCUGACAAGAAUGUCAAUAUGCUCAUCAUUGAUUCGCAGCCCUACUCGGAAAGAAUCGCCGCUGAUGCUUCAAGAAGAAAGAAGGAUAUUGGUCUCUAUGCCAUGAACUUUGGCAAUGCCUACGUCGCCUCGGUCGCCGUCUACAGCUCCUACACCCAGGUACUGCAGUCCAUGCUCGAGGCGGAGCAAUUCAACGGACCCUCGGUCGUUGUUGCCUAUCUUCCAUAUAGCAAGGAGACUGACUCGCCGUUGUCCGUCCUUCAGGAGACCAAGAAGGCCGUUGAUAUUGGUUACUGGCCUCUCUACAGAUGGAAUCCUCGUGCUGAAGAGAAUGGCGAGGAAAACUUCCAGCUGGACUCCGAGCGUAUCAGACAAGAACUUAAGGAGUUCCUCAAGAGAGACAACUACCUUACUCAGUUGAUGAAGAGACAUCCUCAGUUCAGUGCAAACCUUUCGCAAUCCUACGGAUCCGAGGUUCGCCAGCUUCAGAAGCGUAAGGCCAAGGAUGCUUACAGCAGUCUCCUUGAAGGCCUGCAGGGCGCUCCGCUUACUAUUCUGUUCGCUUCAGACAAUGGUAACUCCGAGAACCUAGCAAAGCGUCUGGGCAACCGUGGCAAGGCCAGAGGAUUGAAGACGAUGGUCAUGGCUAUGGACGACUAUCCCCUUGAAGAUCUUUCAACCGAAGAGAAUGUCAUCAUGAUUAGCAGUGUUGCUGGUCAAGGUGAGUUCCCUCAAAAUGGCAGAAACUUCUGGGAGGGUGUCAAGAACUCUACCGAUCUGGAUCUUGCCAGCGUUAACUUCUCCGUCUUUGGUCUUGGUGACAGCCAUUACUGGCCUAGAAAGGAAGACAAGAUCUACUACAACAAGCCCGCAAAGGAUCUUUAUUCCAGAGUGGUCACUCUCGGUGGCAAGUCUCUUGUCGAUUGUGGUCUUGGUGAUGAUCAGGACCCUGAUGGUUACCAGACUGCUUACAACGAAUGGGAGCCCAAGCUUUGGGAUGCCCUGGGUGUUGGCAACGUCGAAGGUCUUCCUGAUGAACCCCCACCGAUCACCAACGAGGAUAUCAAGAUUGCCUCCAACUUCCUUCGUGGAACCAUUGUUGAGGGUCUUCAGGACCCGUCCACUGGAGCUAUUUCUGCCGCUGAUCAGCAGCUUACAAAGUUCCACGGUACUUACAUGCAGGAUGAUCGCGACAUUAGAGACGAGCGCAAAGCUCAAGGUCUUGAGCCUGCCUACUCUUUCAUGAUCCGUUGCCGCCUGCCCGGUGGUGUAGCCACUGCAGACCAGUGGGUUCAGAUGGAUGCGAUUGCUUCGACCUUGGGUAACGAGACUAUGAAGUUGACCACUCGUCAAACUUUCCAGUUCCACGGUGUCAUCAAGAGCAAGCUGAAGCCGGCCAUGCAGGCCAUCAACAAGGCUCUCAUGACCACCAUCGCCGCUUGUGGUGAUGUCAACCGUAACGUUAUGUGCAGCAGUUUGCCAGAACACUCCGAGUACCAUGCCGAGGUUCAUGCAAGCUCGAAGUUGAUCAGCGACCACCUCCUGCCUGCGACUACCGCCUACCAUGAGAUUUGGCUCAAGGACGAAAACGACAACAAGACGCAGGUCGCCGGAGAUGCCGUUCAAGAUCACGAGCCCAUGUACGGUCCCACCUACUUGCCCCGCAAGUUCAAGAUUACCAUCGCAAUCCCUCCACACAACGAUACUGAUGUCUACGCUCACGACGUUGGACUUAUCGCUAUCAAGGGUGAGGACGGACAUCUUGCUGGAUUCAACCUGCUUGCUGGUGGUGGUAUGGGAACUACUCACAACAACAAGAAGACCUACCCUCGUACCGGCAGUCUUCUUGGCUAUGUUUCCAAGGACAAGGUCCACAUCGCCUGCGAGAAGGUCAUGCUCGUUCAGCGCGACAACGGUGAUCGCAAGAACCGCAAGCACGCUCGUCUGAAGUACACUAUGGACGACAUGGGCGUGGACGUCUUCAAGGCAGAGGUCGAAAAGUACUGGGGUGAGAAGUUCGAGGAGGCUCGUCCCUUCCACUUCAAAAGCAACAUCGAUACCUUUGGCUGGCAGAAAGAUGAGAACGGCCUGAACCACUUUACAAUGUUCAUCGAGAACGGACGUAUCGAGGAUACUGCCGACUUCCCCAUGAAGACUGGUCUGCUGGAGAUUGCCAAGGCUCACAAGGGUGAAUUCCGCCUUACUGGUAACCAGCAUCUCAUUCUGUCCAACGUCAGCGAUGAGGAGUUGCCCAAGAUGAAGGAUAUGUUGGCCAAGUACAAGUUGGACAACACCAACUUCAGUGGACUUCGCCUUAGCAGUAGUGCCUGUGUGGCUUUCCCUACUUGUGGUCUCGCCAUGGCCGAGUCCGAGCGCUACCUGCCCGAACUCAUCAGCAAGCUUGAGGGCGUACUCGAGGAGAACGGGCUUCGUCAAGACAGCAUCGUGAUGCGCAUGACUGGAUGUCCCAACGGUUGUGCUCGUCCUUGGCUUGCCGAGGUGGCAUUCGUUGGCAAGGCGUAUGGUGCAUACAACAUGUACCUUGGUGGUGGGUACCACGGCCAACGUCUCAACAAGCUCUUCCGCAGCUCCAUCAUGGAGGAGGAGAUUCUCGGAAUCAUGAAGCCGCUCCUCAAGCGUUAUGCUACUGAGAGAAACGAUGGCGAGCAGUUCGGAGACUUCUGCAUCCGCAUCGGCAUGAUCAAGCCCACGACCGAGGGCAAAUUCUUCCACCACGACACUGCCGAGGUUGAAUCGGAUGAGGAGUAG